AUGGAUACCGAGAGAGGUGACGAUGAGUCACAGCACUUGAAUUCCAAAGGCAUAACCUUUGCCAAGGCUUGUUUCAAUCUGUUAAACGCUUUAUCAGGAAUCGGUAUAUUAUCAGUUUCCUAUGCAUUAUCAGAAGCUGGAUGGAUGAGCUUACUGUUGCUCUUUCUUCUGGCCAUCAUAUGUUGCUAUACUGGUUCACUUCUCAUCCAAUGCAUGAAUGCGGAUCCGCAAAUUCGUACCUAUCCCGACAUCGCCAACGUAGCCUUCGGCUACAAAGGAAAAAUCUUUGCUUCAGUAGUUCUAUGUCUCUCAAUGUACAUGUUUGCAGUGGAGUUGUUGAUACUAGAGGGUGAUAAUUUGGAAAACUUGUUUCCAAAUAUGAGUUUCAGACUCGGAGGGUUGAGAAUAAAAGGAAGCAAAGCUUUUGUCCUCUUAUCUGCCUUGAUAAUAUUACCUACUGUUUGGCUAAGAGGUUUGGGGCCUCUAGCUUAUGUCUCAGCUUGUGGGGUUUUGGCUCCUAUAAUUGUAGUGGGCUCUGUUAUAUGGGCUGGCUUGUUUGGUGGAGUCGGAUUUCAUGCAAGAAAAAGGCUUUUCAAUAUUAAAGGAUUGCCCACAGCUGCUAGUAUAUAUGCAUUUUGUUACUCAGGACAUGGUGUGUUCCCCACUAUCAGGGCUUCUAUGAAAGACAGGAGCAAGUCCAUGAGAGUGAUAAUUCUUUGUAUUACAACAGCUGCUUUGAGCUAUGCCCUAAUGGCAGUAUCAGGGUACCUAAUGUAUGGACAACAUCUGAACUCUCAAAUCACUCUGAAUCUUCCAAAAGGAAAGAUCAGCUCCAAGAUUGCUAUAUACACCAUUGUCGCAACUCCUCUUGUGAAAUAUGCAAUUGCUGUUGCCCCGAUUGUGAUUGCAAUAGAAGAUGCAGUGCCCCUAUGCAAAAGAAGACAUGUGAGCCUUCUAUUUAGGACAAUGUUGGUGGCUAGCACUGUUAUAGUAGCUCUCACAGUUCCAUUCUUUGGGUAUUUGUUGGCCUUGGUUGGAUCAGCUCUCAGUAGUACCUUGAAUUUGUGCUUGCCUUGCCUUUUUUACCUGAAGAUCACCAAGAAUUCAAAGCAUGGAAAGGUGGAGAUGGUGGUCAUAGUGGGGAUUGUGCUCCUGAGCUGCAUUAUUGCAGUUGUAGGAACUUACACAUCUAUGAAAAAGAUCAUGCAACAUUUAUGACUACCUAUGAUGGAUUGUUUAUGACAAUAUUGGGCUAGGCUUGUUUAUUAGUUUGCAACAUCAGUGAGAGAUUGGGUCUCACCACAGGGCUUGUUAUGGUGGUUCAAAUAGGGUUUUUCAUGAGUUACUUUGUUAUGUAUUUGGAGCCAAUGUCAUUCUUUGUCUUUGGCUAGUAUAUGGCAAUUGCCAAUAUAACUUACUUG